GCUGUCCUCGCCCUGCCUCCUGUCUCUGACUGACCUGUCACAGGACAACAUCCUCUCCCACAGAGUCCGCUGGCGUUUAGGAUAGAGCGAACAGCAGUCGGGUCCACGCUGCGGGGGGACACGGCUCGGUGGACAGUGGUCCAGUGUCUUUAACACACAGUGAGAUGCGAGGAAAGGCGCGCUUCACCUCCACAGCUCGUCGUGGCUUCUGCACUGAUUUCUGAGAAGCAUCACUGUGCUCCUCCUGUUCAUCAACGUUAGCCGGCUGGCGAGGUGUGAAAAGUCAGUGUCAUGACUGGAGCUGAGACUGAGGAUGAUAUUCCAUUAGGCGAAAGGAAGACUGUCACAGAUUUCUGCUAUCUCCUGGACAAGUCCAAACAACUAUUCAAUGGGCUAAGAGACCUUCCUCAGUAUGGACACAAGCAGUGGCAGUCCUACUUUGGACGGACUUUUGAUGUCUACACGAAGCUGUGGAAGUUUCAGCAGCAGCACAGGCAGGUUCUGGACAGUCGGUAUGGCUUGAAGAGAUGGCAGAUUGGGGAGGUUGCAUCCAAAAUUGGACAGCUUUACUACCACUACUACCUUCGUACCUCAGAAACAAGUUACCUGAAUGAGGCCUUUUCAUUCUACUCAGCCAUCCGUCAGCGCUCCUACUACUUUCAGGUCAACAAAGAGGACAGGCCAGAACUAGUAGUGAAGAAGCUUCGAUAUUAUGCUCGCUACAUAGUCGUCUGUUUACUGCUGAACAAGAUGGACCUAGUCAAAGUUUUGGUGAAGGAGUUAUCUGAGGAAAUCGAAGAUUACACACAGAGAUUCAACACAGAGGACCAACUGGAGUGGAACCUGGUUCUGCAGGAAGUGGCAGCUUUUGUUGAGGCGGACCCAGUGGUAGUUCUGAAUGACAACAAUUCUGUCGUCGUCACCAGCAAUCGGCUGCAGGAGGGGAGCGUGCCUCCACUGGAACAAGGCAUGGUGGUUGGGCAGCUCAUCCUUGCAGAUGCACUAAUCAUCGGCAACUGUAACAACCAGGUGAAGUUCAGUGAGUUAACCAUCGAUAUGUUCCGCAUGCUCCAAGCUCUGGAGAGGGAACCUGUAAAUCUGGCCACCCAGACCUCCAAACAGGGAACACUGGAGCCCAGUGAGAAGCCAGCAAAAAGGGAAAACCCUCACAAGUAUCUGCUGUACAAGCCAACAUUCAGCCAACUUUUUACUUUCCUGUCUGCCUCUUUUAAGGAAUUGCCUGCCAACAGUGUUCUGCUUGUCUACCUGUCUGCUACCGGAGUCUUCCCUACUGGACACUCAGAUUACGAAGGACCAUAUGAUUUUGGAGGAGUGCUCACAAACACAAACCGCGAUGUGGUGAACGGAGAGACGGUGCAGAAGAGGAAUCAGGCUCAGAAGGAAAUGCACUGCCUUCAUCCAGGGGACCUGUUCCCUUUCACCCGGAAGCCACUUUUUGUCAUUGUUGAUUCCUCAAACAGCACAGCCUACAAGCAUUUUACAAAUCUGUUUGGCCAGCCUCUGGUGUGCCUACUAUCGCCUACAGUAUAUCCCAAGAGUGUGCAAGAUCAGUCUCAGCGCGGGAGUCUCUUCACCCUGUUCCUCUACAGCCCUCUCCUGGCUUUCUCCUCUGUGUGCGGCUUAAACAGCGUGCAGCGAGGCCUGUGGGAAAGGGCUCAAGAAUUUCUUUGUAAAGUGUACCGGGACAUCGGGCAGCUGAUAACCCGAUCACGGACCAUAGAUCAAGCCUUUUUGCAAUUCUUUGGUGACGAGUUCCUGCGACUGCUGCUGAUCCGCUUUGUGUUCUGCUCAGCUGCUCUGAGGCUGCAUAAACUCUUCCGGGAGUCGCAGAGCUUCCCAGAGUCGUACCCUGAGCUCCCCAAACAGGACACAGUGGAGAGCAGCCUUCUACAGAAGCAUAUUUUGGAGCUGGCAACCAUGCUGGAUGUGCAGAGCCUAUUUUGGGAUGAUCCACUGGAAGCCUACUAACAUCUCUGCACAGGGCAAAAUGGCACACGUGUACAUACAGACUAGACUGCCAGAGCCCUCCCAGCUGUCUCUCUUUUUCUACAGGUAAUGAAAUAUCUGAUUGAGCACAUACACCUUUCAUGUCCUGCAUUUAACUGUUACUUGUGGAAGCAAAUGUAGUGCAACAUAAAAAUGUUCACAUAGAUAAGCCAGAAAGUUUAGAAUAGUAUCAAUUCCCCAUUUUGAGUGUCAGCAGCUUGCCUCGUAAAUAUAAGCAUCAUGUAAGACAUAAGAGUAAACAAACAAGUGAGAGGCUGCGGAUAACUUUUCUACUCACCAUCCACAUUAACAGCUGCAGCCUCCAGCUGUAUUCCUCAUGUCAGAUAUAUGUUGGCAGUCUUGGUUUUGUGUUUUUAAAAAAAAUUAAAUACUUCUCAUAGUUUUUUUAGCAUGCAGGUUGUUUAAGCCUUAAUGAUAGAGAGCAGAGGAAUCCUGGGCAGCUUCCAGGUGUGACUUUAUCUAUCUGUAUGAAGGCAGAGCAGAGUGGUGCUAAGACAGAACACAGUGCUGAACAAAAACCCUUCACUGCAUCCAAAAAAAUCUAAUAUUAGCACAUUAUUCGCACUCUAGGCUGGAAUUUGAAAGGUUUCACCAAAAAUGUUAUUACUAGUAUUUGCCAAAUUGCUGUUUAACAGCUGAAGUUGUAGCAGGCUGAAGGUGCAUGACGUCAUGUUCUGUUGUAGGUCCUCAUUAGUUGUAGUUAUCACACUCCUUUGUGGCAUUAACCAGCAAUCCAUCCACCUCUUUUAAUCCUCCAUUGUGAUCGUUAUUGCUUUUCCAUUUCACUGUGCUGUGCUUGCAUGCAGAGAGGCAAAGAAAUGUACACAUUAUGUUGUUUCAUACACAAAGAACGGCCUCCAACUAUAAGGAUAUGGAAAGGGUUUUAGAUUUUGAAAUGGCAUGGAAUAAGGAAGAGGAGCAAGUGCAUGUGUUGCAUGGGCCUGUACAUUUACAGUUGCAUCUACAAUUGAAGACAAUCUAGUUUGAUCACAGAGGAGAUUAAGGAAAGUAGCACGGUAUGCACAUCAACUCAUUUAUUACUUAAAUGACACCAAAACACCUCUUAAUGUUACCCGCGGGUUGCUUAAAUGGAAUAUCAUGGGCACUACCCAUCAUCUUCCUCCUACAGUUAAGUUACUUUACCGCUACAUGGGUUUUACUUUUACUGUUGAUCCAGUGCUUCAAACUUACAGAUGUUGCCAUCUUUGUCAGAUGGCUGUGUUGUUUGUUACUGGCAUCACCAAAAAAUGAGCUAACAUGGCCUAGGACCUUUAUCAUCGUUCAUCCUUUUCUCUCAUAGUUGUUUUGUCUUCACUUUCAAAUAGGCUUGGGCGGUGUGUUAUAUUUCAUACCUUCAUACCUUUCUAAAAUUUCACCAGGGUAUACCGUAAAUGACUGUAUGAAAGUGCAGUGCUAACACCCACCACCAUCCCCCACCACUGAUGGUGAGUGCGCUACUGACUUUAAGCUUUUCAGACUAAUAUAUACACAAUAGAAACCCGCAAAAUGUUAAGAAAAGUAAUAGCACACCUGUUUCCCUUUUCUAAAUUGAGAAAUACAACUGUACAACGUUUGAAUUCAACUCAGUCACAGAAGACUGACGAAGCUUAAUUGUCUCGUCAACUCUUUAUAAAACACAUUUUCAUUCAAACUUAACAAAAACAAAGUAAAACUUAUCCAAACUGUUUUGGUUACUCUUGUUAGUAAUCUUGUCUCUGCUCCAAUACUCUCCACCUUUGGUUUGUUUGAAAUAAAUCCUCCAUUCACCAAGUUACAUGUAAAAAAAAAAAAAAAAGCCAUUAUUCCCCACGGUCUCUCUCUGCCUUCUGGCCGCCAGCUGUUUACAGUCCUUAAACUUCUCCCUUCACCACUAGGUAUUGCUGUGUCUUUUAGCUCAGCUGCCUGUUCCACUAGUUGAGACUGGAGACUUAGCUCUGGUGGUGCGUGCUGUGCACUACAUACAAUGAGUUUAAAUGACUAUAUUUAUUGCGUUAUUAAAAAAGACAUACCUUUGCAAUUUCUAAAUACCCUGGUAUACUGUAAUACCCCGAUGCCGCCCAAGCCCACCAUCAGCUCUUUUAUCCAAACUGUAAACAUGUUCAUAUGGCAGUAAAUCAAAGUAGUAUCAGAUUUAAGAAUGUUUGAAUUUAGCUUUUAAAAUAGCAUGAGUGCUACCCUGGCUAGCACCUCCAAAGACAUUGUCUAAGGAGUUUUACGUUGACUUCAUGUGUUGUCACCUCUGAGUUUUGUUCUGCAGUAGAAAGUAGCAUUUCAGCAGACAUCAGUAGUCUGCUGCUUGACCGGUGCCAAAAUUAAAUCCCCCCAUGCUGUCUGUCUUACAGUACCGGCUUUUCUUAUUAUACUGAUCACAGCUGGUAGCAGAACUGACUUAUACAUGCCAAAACACAAUCUUUUCUUAACUAGAACCAGGCCAUUUUUGUGCCUAAACCCAACACACAUUAACCACAGUGUUUUUGAAAUGUUGAGUUUCAACAUGUUCACUUCAUAAUAACGUACUAAUGUAACGUAUCUGUGGUUUGCAGAAUUCCAACAUUUCCAACAUUUAUGCUGGUGACUGGGUUUCAAGACAAUAAUCUUUAACCCUCUGAAACCAGAGUGAACUGUUUUUUUUUCUUUUAAAA